AUGUUUCAGCAACUGGUCCGCUCGGCGACCUUUGUGGUCACAAAAAGCUCCAUUUCAUUUUUUGUUCAAGGGUCUGCCGCGGCAACAGGCUUUAUGGCCGAAAAUCACACGAAACACAGUAGACUUCCCCGAGCAAUAAAGCCUAUUAACUACAAACUUGACUUCAUACCUAACUUCACCAAUUUCACAUUCACUGCUGAUGCUUCAGUGGAGUUACAGGUGGUCGAACCUACAAACCGAAUAAUUUUCAACUCUAAAGGACUUGAAAUAUCAUCUGUAUCCUACCAAGAUACUCCAGCUACCAUUGCGUACGAUGAUGAACAGGAAACAGUUACAUUUGAGUUUCCCACUGGCCUUCAGUCUGGAGUAGGACAGUUAAACCUGAAAUUUAGUGGAAAGUUCGCCAAUGACAUGUUGGGUCUUUAUCGCAGCACGUACACAGAUAAACGUGGUAAAGAAAGCAACAUUCUUGCUACUCAAUUUGAGGCAGCCCUUGAAAAAGUUCUUGUUUCUUUUAGUCGGUUUAUGCUCGUCGGGCGUUUCCGUGCAUGGAUGAACCGGAACACAAAGCGACUUUUGACAUCAGCAUCAUUGGUCUUGACAACCAAGUUGCUCUCUCGAACAUGGGAGACGGCGCUAUUGAUCGAUCCGGAUAACUCCUCUCUGUUGUCAAAGCAGUACGUUGCGUUGACAGUAGCACACGAGUUGGCACACAUGUGGUUCGGCAACCUCGUGACAAUGUCGUGGUGGACGGAUUUGUGGCUUAAAGAGGGCUUCGCGACGUGGGCCGAAUACCUUGCUGUGGAUCAUUGCUUUCCUGACUACGAUAUUUGGACCCUCUUCGUGUCGAGGGAGUAUAUUCGAGCAUUGCGAUUGGACGAGCUGAAAAGCAGUCAUCCCAUUGAGGUUGAAGUGAACAGCGCCCAAGAGGUGGAGGAGAUCUUCGAUGAGGUGUCUUACCAAAAAGGCAGUUGUGUCAUUCGCAUGCUUCAUAAUCACAUGGGUGCCUGUCUCUUUCAAGAGGGAUUGAAGGCCUACUUUGAGAAAUUCAAGUAUUCAAACGCUAAAACGGAGGAUUUGUGGACAGCCCUUGAGACCACUGGUAUUGAUAAUGUUGCCGAACUCAUGUCUCUGUGGACGAAACAGACAGGCUAUCCUGUGAUCUCUGUUCGUCUCCUUCGCGCGCGUGAUGGAACUUACAGCAUUGGGUUGAGACAGCAACGAUUCCUUGCUGAUGGCAGCUCUGCGAAGGGCGAUUCACCAGUUCACUGGCGCAUCCCAAUUAACGUCUGCACUGUGGACGACUCCAAUAAGCUUCUUCUUCGCAAGGUUACGAGUAUCCCCUCCUCCUCCACCUCCUCGUCGUUCCCCACCAAAACUCCUGACCACGGUGACAAAGACCAUUCCGCGGCCGAGACUGAGGCCGAAUCCCAGGAAAUCAUCUACGCAUUGCCAGAUUUUACCGACUCUUCCCGAGUUCGUCUUAAUCCGGAUGCCAUCGGUUUCUACCGUGUGCAUUACGACCCUCCCAUGUUUAGCGCCAUUCUAGAAGCCAUCGGUCGCGGUACAGUGUCGGAACGUGACCGUAUCAGCCUGUUAGACGAUCAGUUUGCUCUGGCCCGGGCGGGUUUUCAAGGCCUGGACAGGGUGCUUCAGUUCUGUCGUGCAUUCGUUGGUGAGACGCGAUACAGUGUGUGGUCAGUACUGUCAGAGGGAUUGGCACAGGUUCGAACUCUCCUUGAGGAGGCGUCCUACCCGGCGGGAGAUGAUGUGAUUUUCCCAGAGGCGUCAAAAGAGAUUUGUGGGCUGAACAAACUGUACAUUGAGUUGGCGUUGCCAGUGUAUGAGAAGAUCGGAGUGACGAGUACGGACGAUUGGAUGAAGUCUAGCCGUGGAGUGAAGGACUACCGCCUGUCGCAGAGGGACGGCUGGGGUAGUGCUUCCGACUUUGCCUCACAGGCGCGCUACGACGAGAUUAAGGCCUUCUAUGAAGAGCACGAAGUGCCCUGUCUACGGGUGAUUCAACAGACGCUAGAGUCGGUGAAAAUCAAUGUGGAGCAAUGGAAACGUGAUGAAAAGGCGGUGGGCAAGUUUCUGCGCAAACUUGUUUGUUGA